CACUUCUUUACUUUUACUUUUCUUUGGGCAAAUAUUGGGAGAUUUUCUCACAGAUGUCCACAGAAGUAUUUCAACAGAAAGUGACAAAACUUAUUGUUACAACAUUUCCUGGAAAAUAAGCGCUCACAGUUUUAAUUAUGUUCAUGAUUCAAAGAGAGGAAACACUCCAUCUCCAAACGCUCCGGAUCUCGUCAGUCCCGUGCGCCUGUCGUGCCGUGCGUAACCACUGGGGGCGCUGUGUGUCCGCGCUACUCUGCCCCUGCUCGUUCCAGUUUGAGAAAGUUUCCAUGCAGGGAAUGGAGCCGAUUACCCACCGCUAGCAGAGGGAAGAGGGCUGAGCCUUUCAAGCUGCUGGGGGAACUUGAAGAGAGCAGGGGGAGGAGGACAAGAAGGAUUGGUAUAACAAGGCAGUCGAUGUGCAGCGCAAUUCUUACUCCAAGCCUUUGAACCAACACGGAUGAAGAGGAGCGCGCUCCAUUCAUUUCGAGCGCAGGCAACUUUACUUUCUUGAGUCCGUGGCGCGGGUCCGAUUUCUACAUAAUACUCUUCUAUUUUAAAGAAAAGAUUAUUUUAAAAAACUGAAACACGAGACAACGAGACACCAGCACAUCCGCAGCUUCACGCGACCUCCUUGUUUUGGGAAGUUUGUUUCCCUCCCGUGCAGUCGCAUGACAUUUCUUUAAAGGACUGCAGCCUGUCAGAGUUUCUUCACCUACCGCGUGGUGUGGGAUUUAGAGCUGAAACGGGGAGUUCUCAAAUGCAAAAGUACAUGUAUGAGAAAGCGAUGGCCCAAGAGACAAGGAACGGAGGAACCUCUACGUUAAACAACAACAACGGUGUUGACACCAGCAAGAACAAACUGUUGGUAGCGCUCGACAUCUUCUGUCUUCUACUUGCUAUGCUGCCCAGCCUGGUUCUGCACCGCACUUCUAUUCGUCCGUACCAGAGGGGUCUGUACUGCAGUGACUCCAGCCUGAAUUACCCCUACAAGAACAGCACCGUCCCCUCCUCAGUGCUUAUUUCUGUUGGGUUGACACUGCCCGCGGUGUCCAUUGUGAUUGGGGAAUGCUUCAGGAUUCACCAACAACGUGUGGGAACCAAGUCGUUUGUCGGGAACCCUUACGUCGCAGCCCUCUACAAGCAGAUGGGCGUGUUUCUCUUCGGUUGUGCCGUCAGCCAGUCGUUCACAGACAUCGCCAAAGUGUCGGUGGGUCGUAUGAGACCACACUUCUUAGACGUGUGCAAGCCGGAUUUCUCCACCAUCAACUGUUCGCUGGGAUACAUCACCAACUACACCUGCGCCGGUAACGAGAGUGACGUUCAGGAGGCCAGGAAAUCCUUUUUCUCAGGACAUGCCUCUUUCUCAAUGUUCGCCAUGCUCUACCUGGCUUUCUAUCUCCAGUCCAGGUUCACUUGGCACGGCGCCCGUCUGCUCCGCCCGCUGCUCCAGUUCACCCUGUUGAUGAUGGCAUUUUACACCGGCCUAUCACGCGUCUCCGAUCACAAGCACCACCCGACUGACGUCCUUGCAGGCUUUGUGCAGGGAGCCCUGGUGGCCUACUGCAUAGUGUUCUACGUGUCAGACCUGUUCAAGCCCGGGGUGAAGCCGGCCACGCCCCCGCCCUCCCCGAUCAAGAAGGAGCUGCUCCCUUCAUCCGACAUCAUCGAGAGGAACAACCACCACAACAUGGUGUGAGAGAGAGAGAGAGAGGCCGCACCUCUUUCCUGCGACCGAGGAGCCAAUCACAGCGCUGCUCACCUCCCAUCGGACAGUAGAAUGUAGCGACGAGAGACUGUAGCUGCUUCUCAAACGGCAUCCUCCUCCUCCUCUUUGUGGCGCUCAGCCGGGCGCCUCGUGGACUAGGGUGUCAGAUUUGAGAUUUGCACAGCAGAGUCCACUCUCACUAUCCAGACUUGUUAUUUACUAUCACGUUAACUACUAAUCAACAUUUUGAGCCCGUCGUUCUGAGCACAAGACAGGAAAGAAUUGGAAGCUAGAAGACAAAAUGAAUUCAGAAACUUUGAUGACUUGACAGGCAGAGCUGAGGGUGUGGAGGUUUGAUAGAAGUGUAAACCACGUAAAGAGAAAACACUUGUGAAGAAAAUGAAGAAAAGAGACAAAAUGAAAAAAA